AUGCGGAGCUUGAACAAUUUAACAUCAAGACUUAAUUAUAUUUUUAAAUAUUGUAAACGUUAUACUGUUUGCUUGUGGUUUGGAUGGUUUCCAAUCAUACUGACUGCAGAUGCGGAUAUUAUUACAAAUGUUUUGGGGUCUCCAGAGCUUCUUAACAAAGCAGAAAGUAUUUAUCAUUCUAUUCGAUGUUCCUUUAAAGGCGGUCUUGUUGCUAGUAGAGUUGAUAAAUGGUCGAAGAAUCGCAAACUGAUAAAUCCUGCCUUUGCAAAUAAAGUGCUUAUGAGUUUCUUUCCAAUAUUUAAUAAAGCUAAGAAUAAUAUAAUUGAAAAGUGUAGCGAACUCGUAGACAAUAAGGAACAUAAUUUACUGAAUGCUAUACAAACAAUGACUUUAACAUUAACUGCAGAAACAACUAUGGGCAAGUACAUGCACAAAGGUAACCAGAUUUCGAAUGAUGUGGCCCAACAUUAUUGUGUCAUACUGGAAUAUACAAUAAUUCAUAUGAUACUUUCGUUUAUGAAACUCGGUUUUAUAAUGGAGUUGUUUUCGAAAUUUAGAAACGCUAAAAAAUAUACAUACCAGUUCGUCGAAGAUUUGAUUCACAAAAAACUUUCUAAAACUGCUACUGCAGAAAAGAGUAUUACAAAUACUAAAGAUGACAUGUCCAGUAAUGAGGAUUUCUUGCUUACAAACGAAGAAAAUGAAUUCACUAAUAAUGAAGAUGAUCUUGCAGACCUUUCUAUAAAAAAGGAGCCAAAAAUAUUUAUUGAUCAAGCAAUAAAACUAUACAAACAGCAAUUAUUCACAUGGAAUGAUAUAAUAAGUGAAUCAAAUAUAAUUGUUGCAGCAGCAUUUGAGACUACAGCUAGUGCCAUUUAUUCUGUUCUUGUUAUGUUGGCCAUGCACCCGGAAAUCCAACAGCGACUUUUUGAAGAAGUCUUAGACGUAUUUCCUGAGAAAAACUUUAAUGCUGAUUAUACUCUUUGCUUGUGGUUUGGAUGGUUUCCAAUCAUACUGACUGCAGAUCCAGAUAUUAUUACAAAUGUUUUGCGCUCUCCAGAACUUCUUAACAAAGCAGAAAGUAUUUAUCAUCCUAUUCGUUGUGCCUUUAAAGGUGGUCUUAUUACAAGUAGAGUUGAUGAAUGGUCGAAGAAUCGCAAGCUAAUAAAUCCUGCCUUUGCAAAUAAAGUGCUUAUGAGUUUCUUUCCAAUAUUUAAUAAAGCUAAGAAUAAUAUAAUUAAGAAGUGUAGCGAACUGGUAGACAACAAGGAACAUAAUUUACUGAAUGCUAUACAAACAAUGACUUUGACAAUAACUGCAGAAACAACUAUGGGCAAGUACAUGCACAAAGGUAACCAGAUUUCUAAUGAUUUAGCCAAUAACAUUUGUAUCAUAAUGGAAUAUACAACAAUUAGUGUAUUACUUUCGUUGAUGAAACUCGAUUUCAUAAUGGAGUUGUUUUCGAAAUUUAGAAACGCUAAAAAAUUUUCAUACCAGUUCGUCGAAGAUUUGAUUCACGAAAAACUUUCUAAAACUGCUAAUGCAGAAAAGAGUACUACAAAUACUAAAGAUGACAUGUCCAGUAAUAAGGAUUUCUUGCUUACAAACGAAGAAAAUGAAUUCACUAAUAAUGAAAAUGAUCUUGCAGACCAUUCUAUAAAAAAAGAGCCAAAAAUAUUUAUUGAUCAAGCAAUAAAACUAUACAAACAGCAACUAUUCACAUGGAAUGAUAUAAUAAGUGAAUCAAAUACAAUUGUUGGAGCAGCAUUUGAGACUACAGCUAGUGCCAUUUAUUCUGCUCUUGUUAUGUUAGCCAUGCACCCGGAAAUCCAGCAGCGACUUUUUGAAGAAGUUUUAGACGUAUUUCCUGAGAAAAACUUUAAUGCUGAGCUUGAUCAGUUAGAUCAGUUACAAUAUUUGGAUUGUGUAAUAAAUGAAACACUUCGCCUUGCUCCCUCUGUUUCAAUAAUCGGACGACAUGUUACAAAAGAUACACAAGUUGGUAAAGAUGUAUUUCCCAAAAAUACACAAAUUCUAAUCUCAAUAUUGCAUCUUCAUCGACGAACCGAUAUUUGGGGUCCAAAUGCAAAUAAGUUUGAUCCAGAACAUUUUUCAGCUGAGAACUUCGGAAAAGUUCAAAAAUGUGCUUUUAUUCCAUUCUCAAAAGGUAGUAGGAACUGCAUAGGAUUACGAUAUGCAAUGUUCUCAAUGAAAAUCAUAUUAAGUGGACUUAUUCGGAACUUUAAAUUUGAAACUGAUUUUAAAUUCGAAAACAUCAGGUUCACAAAUCAAAUAGCAUUAAAAUUUUUAGAGGAACCCGGAUUAAGAAUUCGUAUGAGGUCAUAAAUGUUAUAGUAUACUAUAAAUUGUAUGGUA